AUGGAGGAAGGCACUGUUUUUGCCUCCCAAGGCAUUGGUGGGUAUGAAAGAGGCGAACUCAAUGGAAGUACUGAGCAGAAAGAAAGUGGCAGUCAGUACACGAUUCAGAGUGUUAUGCAUUUUAUACAAUCGGAAUGGCGGAGGAUGGAGCUGCAACAAUCACAGUGGUUGAUGGAACGUUCCGAACUUCGAGCUGAAAUUGCAUUUCUUAAAGGGGAGAGGCGUGGACAGGAAAACUUGAAGCAGGAUUUGAUCAGAAGAAUAAAAAUGCUGGAACACGCAUUGAAAAAAGAACGUGUCCGUUACCAGGAGUUAAAAACGUCUAUGUCUUCUGGCCAGGAUCACGUUGCGGACGAAAAUGCGAAAUCGGGGCUCGAUUUCGGCCCCGAAAACCUUAAGGACUAUAAGCACAUUCUUGAUCCAGGUCAGCAGCUGGCGCGCUGCACCGAACAGGCAGCGCAGAGCAACGCUAAAUGGCGCGAAAGCCGACAGAGGCUGACACAUUUCUUACAAGAACUCGGCUAUACCGAUUCUGUGUUAGAAGUACGGCAGAGCCGUGUACGCCAGCUUCUCUGUGCCACUGGUAUCGAAGUUUCAGAUCAAGGCCAAUUGGAAGCAGUCAAAAAUGGCGUUCCAUCUGACCGAGAGUCGGUACACCUUCAGGAUACUGAGGAAGCUGUGAUGCGUACUUUUGAUUUUCUGGAAGCCAUUCCGAAGGAGAAAAGUGACGAAAAACCGGCCGAGCUUAAUGUUGGUGACGCCGAUGCUUCGUGGCCGGAUGACACGGCCGGAAAGUCGGCUUCAGAGGUCGCCUUCAGCAACCAAAGCAGUGUUCGUCACCAUUUCACCAUCCUGUAG